AUGGUAAAAGAAUUAAAUGUAUUGUUGCUUGGUGAGACUGGUGUAGGAAAGUCCACAUUUAUAAAUGCUUUUGUUAACUAUCUCAACUUUGAAACGUUAAAUGAUGCACUUUCCGGUGACAUGGAGGUACUUAUCCCAUCCAAAUUCACGACAAUGGAUAAAGAGUACAAUAUGCAAGAGAUAAAAGUUGGAAAUAAGGAUUCAAACGAGAAUGUAGAUAAUACCGGAAUGUCAGCCACCCAGGGAUGCCAGAGCUAUAGCUUUCCUUUACACGAUAUUUGUGUAACAUUGAUCGAUACUCCCGGAAUAGGAGACACCAGAGGAACAGAAAAAGAUAUGGAAAAUUUCGAAAACAUUCUUAAGUAUAUCAGUGAUUACGAAGACCUGCAUGGGAUUUGUAUCCUACUCAAACCCAAUGAUGCUCGAUUGACUAUUAUAUUUAGAUUUUGCAUACAAGAGUUAUUAUCACAUCUGCACAAAAAUGCUAAAGACAAUAUUGUCUUCUGUUUUACCAAUUCUCGAGGAACGCUCUAUCGUCCAGGAGAUACAUUACCAGCACUCAAAAAACAACUUCACUCUCUCAAAGAAAGAUCCGGCGUUGAAAUAAAAACGAAUCAAGAUACUAUGUACUGCUUUGACAGUGAAUCGUUUCGGUUCUUAGCGGCAACUAAAAAUGGUAUUGAGUUCGAUAAAAUGGAUGAACAAAGUUUCGCGGAGAGCUGGAAAAGAUCUGUGAUUGAAUCGGAAAGACUCAUCAAAUCUCUAAGUUUGCGCGACCCUCAUAAAGUCGAAGAUACUUUAACACUCAACGGUGCCAGAAAAAUAGUAUUAAACCUUGCCAAACCUCUUGCACUUGCAGAAACACUCAUCCAAGCAAAUAUCGAUUUGAUUAUCGUAAAACAAAAGGAGGUUAAUAGCUGCAAAGAAUCCAUUCAGGAUCUUAAUAAGAAGCUGUUCAUCACACAAAAAACGGUUGAGGAAAUGAAUUUAGGUUAUCCAAGAACUGUGUGUACUAAAUGUCGUACUGAAAUUGUGGACGGAAAAUUAAUUUAUAAUGCACAUUGCCAUCCACACUGUUAUUUGACAGUUCCGUGUAAUACUGUUAAUAAUGCAGCCUUGCAGAACUGUGCGGCUAUCAGUAAUGGCAAGUGUACCAAGUGUGGUUGCUCCUGGAUGACUCAUAUGCAUUACGUCUGGGAUGUUAAGUUCGUUAAUAAAGACGUCGUUGAUAAAAGCGUGCAAGACCUUAUCAAAAAUAAGCAAUCAUUUCAAGAGUCAAAGGCAUUGUUCUUAAAAAAUAUUCAACAGAGACGCACCCAGCUGGAAAAUGAACAAAAGAAAAUAACCGAAAUUAACGUCAAAUUCGCAAAAUUUCUAAGGCAGAGCGCAAUAGCUACUUUCAAUGACGCAUAUGCCGAUUAUCUAGAUCAUUUUAUUCGCGAAGAAAAAGUCAAAAAGAAUAUUGAUCGUGCUAACUAUAAUGAUGCCUUCCUCGAAAGACUCGAACAAUCGAAAAAAGAAUAUCUGGAAAAGGUAAAGGUUAUUAAGAAAGCAACUGAGAUCAGUAAUCCUUCCGAAACUCCAAUCUCGCCAAAUGAUAUAGUGAAUCUUGAAAAAGAAUUGUAUCAUUUAAAACUCAAUGGCGAAGAACUAAAAAAUUUGAAAAAUAUUUCGAUCCAUGGUCAAAAAAAUGCAUUCAAGCACCAUAAAAAAAAUGUCAAUCUCCCUCCUAAGAAAUCAUUUUUAUCUUUCUCUUAUUUCAACAGAAACCCUUCUGAUUCUGAUAUUAUGAAGAAAUCUUGA